AUGAACAGUACAAUGAAUGAAAAUUUUAAGCCCUUUUUUUUUAUUAAAAUAUUAGUAUUUACCCUUUUAAUUUGGAUAUAUCUUUAUAAAAAUAAUUGUAUAUGUGGAAAAUCUAUGGAUAAAAAGAAUAAACUAGAUAGCUAUUCAAGUUUAAGAACUAAUAGACUACUAUCAGAGAGUUCACUGGAUGUUAUAUCUACCGGAUAUCGAUCAGGUGACAAAGGUUAUUACAAAUUAAUGGAUGAAAAGGCGGAUACAUAUAAAACUGACAAGGACUCUAAGUCACGAAAGAAUAAAAUAAAAGAAAUUUUAUUAAAAGCAGAGGAAAGGAAUAACUUAUUUAAGAAAAGGAAAUAUUCUUCGUUUAAUAUAUUAGAUUUAUUUCUUGAAAAGGAUAUAUUCAACGAAUUAGAUUCCGUAGAUAAAUUUAAUAAUAAUAAGAAAAUUGAUAUACAGACUGCAAGAUUAAUGAAGCGAAGGAAGACAUCUUUAGGGUAUAUUCGGAUUUUUUUAAUUCUUUUGAUAAUUUUCAUAUUUUUUUGUUUGUCAUAUGUUUUUGUUUGUUUAUGUUGUGGCAAAUUGAUUUAAGGGUAUAAAGGUAGCUCAUAAAGGAACACUUUUAUAUUAAUUCCAACAUUAUCAGCAAUUUAUGUGCUUUUAGUAUUUAUGAAUCUUUCAUUUUUAUCAGGUAUUCAUUAUACUUCUAAUAAGACUGAAAAUUUUAAAAUAAAAAAUGGAGGUAGUUUAAAUAUAUGUAAUAAUAUUUUUAAUUCUACUAAUAAGAAAGACAUUCAAUAUGGAAUAAAAUGA